AUACACAAGAAAAAGGAAAUAGAAUUUUAUUGCCGUGAUUGUUCUGUUGCUGUUUGCAGUCAUUGCGCUUUAUUGGAUCACAAAAACCAUAACAACACGCAACUACCAGAAAUAGACCAAGAAGCCAGAUCCAAGUUGAGCAAUUUAAAAGGAGAGUUAGAACGGAAGAUAUACGAACUCGAGAAACACGAAGAAUCUUUAUCCAAUCAAGUGUCUGAUAUCACGAAUCAGGCUAGAAUAGCCUGUGAUAUUGUUGACCAGCAGGUUCAAAAAGUCUGUGACGAAGCUAAGAAACACGGAGUCGAUGUUAAGACCAAAAUGAAUGAAAUACGUGAUACAGAAGCUGGCACGCUUGAGAAGCUACGGAACGAUAUCGGCAAAUACAGAGCUUCCUUACAGACGGGUGUUAAGUAUAUAGAGGAGGCGUUAAGGGGCGAAUCCACCUUCCCUGUUCUGGAUAUUUUACCCAGUGCAGAAACACUGACUAAAGACAGCAAAUUAACCAGCUUAGAUUUCCCACUGGUAAGAUACGUCCAUUAUCCUAUGGUAAGGGUAGAUGUCGAAACUUUAAAAGGGUUACUCGGUGAGUUACAGACGCUGGAGUCUAGAACAUUCACUUGCAGGUUUAGUUUAAACGAGAUAGUGAUGACCGAUAAGCCCUACCACAGUGAUGUGGUGAUAAUACAAGGAUUACCAUGGUGUGUUCGUGUAAAGCACCGUACUGAUAAAUCUUGUCUGGGAAUCUACCUACGAAUGAAUGCAGUGGUGGAUAAGACUUUUAAAUCUUGCAAUGUCAGUCUGAAGCUAACCCUCUUAAAUAAAAGUGAAGAUAAAUUCGUCGUCAAACAAUCUACUUAUCCAUUUGCACCCGAUGGUCAAGGCUGUGGCUGGAAGUUUGUACAGUGGAAUGAGCUAGAGGACGAGGAAAAUGGAUAUAUUGACAAUGACAAGUGCUUUGCCGUGCAAGCUGAAGUACAAAUAAAUGAUAUAGAACGAUAUUGA